CUCUCUCUCUCUCUCUCUCUCUCACUCUCUCACUCACUCACACGCUCCGGAUUAAAUUACGCACUGCACCUUUAAGAAGCUGUCAUCGGGAUUAGGGUUACGCACCGACCGGAGCGCUUUUACUCACAGAAGAGUUUCUGCCUCAUCCCGGACCGGACUCCGCCGUACCGGGACGCACUUCACGCCACAAGACAUGGCUGAGACCGGGAAAGGGGUCACCGCCGGGAAACUCGCCCUGAACGUCCAGAAGAGACUGAGCAGGGCGCAGGAGAAGGUCUUACAGAAGCUGGGUAAAGCAGAUGAGACACGGGAUACUGCCUUUGAGGAGCUUGUGUCCAACUUCAACAAGCAGAUGGCUGAAGGAACCAAAUUGCAGAAGGACCUGAAGGCCUACCUGGCAGCAGUCAAAGCGAUGCACGACGCAUCACGGCGGCUGCAGGACUGUCUAGCUGACAUGUACGAACCUGACUGGUUUGGAAAGGGGGAGAUGGACACGCUUGCCGAGGACACAGACACUCUGUGGUUGGACUAUCACCAGAACAUCACAGACAAAUCUCUGCUGUGUAUGGACACGUACCUGCUCCAGUUUCCUGAGAUCAAGGCUCGUCUAGCAAAGCGAGAGAGGAAGCUUGUGGACUUUGACAGCGCUCGCCAUCACUUCUCCUCCUUACAGAAGGGAAAGAAGAAGGAUGAAGCCAAGAUCGCCAAGCAAGCAGCACUGUUGGAGAUGGCGGCUCCCAGCUGGGCUCAGGGUUUGAUUUCUGCCCACCAGGUGGCUCAGACUAACCUCUCCUACAACCAGGCAGAGGAAGACCUGGGUCGAGCUCAGAAAAUCUUUGAGGAGCUGAACGUAGAGCUACAAGACGAGCUCCCGGCUCUGUGGGACAGUCGUGUUGGCGUCUAUGUUGGCACAUUCCAGAGCCUGGCCGGUCAGCAGGAGAAGUUCCACAGAGAGAUGAGCAGCCUCAGCCAGAACCUGAAUGACAUCAUGACCAAACUGGAGGAGCAGCGACAGCUCAAAAAAGAUGCUACUGCAGCAGCGCCAAAGAAAGGAGAGGGUGCAAAAAGCGAGGAAACAAAUCACAGCGAAUCAGCUGGCUCAGCACCAAAGAAACCCGCUCCUCCUCUCAGUCGACCUCCACCGAGACCGACGCCAUCUCCGGACCCCAAACAGCAGAACACCAGCCUGUCUGAAGACGAGGCCGUGGAGCCUGCGACUCUCACUAACCCAGACGACACAACACAGAGUUCAGCAACCGACAGCUCCAAUGGUGAACUUCCUCCAGGGUUCCUCUACAAGGUGAAAGCAGUACACGAGUACACUUCGACGGACAACGACGAGCUGGAGCUGAACAUCGGAGAUAUCGUGCUGGUUUUGGCUUUUGAAAACCCAGAUGAACAGGACGAUGGCUGGCUCCUGGGCUUGAAGGAGUCCCACUGGAUGCAGAAGAAAGACAUUUCAGCCAAAGGUGUUUUCCCUGAAAACUUCACCCAGAAGGUUUGAUGCGGUAAACAUUUUAACCCAGAUGUGUGAACUAAAAGACAACAUCUUGUAUGAAACAAAAUGAAUGAAAAUAGUGCCUGUAAGUGGAAAAUCCAAGUGAAAAGCUAUCAGACUCACUUUACCAUGACGUUUUAGUCAACUUGUAAACCCAGAAUAAAAUGUUUUGUUUUGGUUUGUCCUUCAAAAACAAAACCCACAUUUUCAGAUGUUUUUUUUUUUUGCAUAUCGGUCAGCCAUGCAUGUAAAAUGUACUGAAUAUCAAACUAUUUUCUGUUGUGCUUCAUUUUUUUUUAAUUUACUAUUUUUGGAGCCGUUCCUUGCAUGAAAUAUUAACAUAAUUCACUGCAACACCAGAUGACCGCAGAAUGAAUCUGACUGUCUGAAAGUUGCAGUUGUCCUGGUUCACAGCCGAGUGGAACGCCACAUCCAUCAGCACAGUUAAAGAAUCUGCUAAGACCUAUCAAAGAGAAGUAAUGUUUCUUGUAGAUUUAUCAAAGGGAACAGUAGUUUUAUUUUUUUCUAGCUCUGAUCAUGUUAAUGACAGCUUGAUAUGUGGCUUACAUUUUCUAAUGUGCAGGUGGUUUUAUUACUUCUCACCUAUUCACUGAAGAAUAAAAAUAUAAACCUUC